AUGGGUGAAACAAAACGUGGCGCUUUAAUCAUCUUUGAAGGAUUGGAUCGAUCGGGAAAAUCAACUCAAUAUCUUCGUUCAAAAGGCAGAACUGUUGAAUUUAUACCGUUUCCAGACAGAUCAACGCCUAUUGGAAAGUUGAUCGAUAUGUAUUUGAGACGAGAGAUUGAUAUGAGUGAAGAAGCUCUGCAUCUUUUGUUCUGCGCAAAUCGGCGAGAAAGAGUGGAUUUUAUCCAAGAAUGUAUAUCAACGGGAAUCGAUGUCGUUUGCGAUCGGUACGCCUAUUCAGGAGUUGCUUACUCGUUAGCAAAAGGUCUUCCUGCUGAUUGGGUCAGAGCUGGAGACGUUGGAAUGCCUCAACCAGACGUUGUGUUGUUCUUUGAGGUCUCACCCGAAGUGGCUUGUCAACGCGGUGGCUUUGGUGAAGAACGUUUGGAGACGGGUGAACUUCAAAGAAAAGUCAGGGAGACGAUGAAACUACUAAGAAAACCAUUUUGGCAGAUGGUCAACGCCGACGGUGAUGUCCAGACAGUUGAGGGAGAAGUACGUGCGAUUGUCGACCAUUUGGAUCUUCAUUUACCUCUUCAACUUUUGGACCAGAUU